AGAGCCCCUCUCCGAUCUACAGUGAAGAUAAUAACACUAACCUUGGAAUACCUGGGUAACCUUGGAAUCCACCUGGGCCGAGCUGGACUGCAGUGUCUUCAGCAGCAGGCGAGGCGGGCAGUCCCGACAGCGGCAAGCGCACCCCAGCACAACUGCACGCCUGUCGCAACAGGGUUCAGCAUACGAUCCCAUGUCACCGUAUUCACAUCAUCACAGCGCAGCGCGUCAACCGUCCCAUACGACCGUACUGAGGCAUGAAACGAAGACACGCGCUCUAUGAUUUAACGCAUCUUUGACGUCCAAGAGAAGGACCUUGGAACUCGCGCACCCACCGCCUCGCAUCGCAAAAGCAUUGGAAGGUCGCCCAAGAUGGACAUUGUCCAAAGCGUUCAAGGCUACAUCACCAAGAUAGUCUCGCAGGGCGAAAAUGCCACCAGCGGCAGCGCUGGCGCUGGUGCCGCGAAAAUGAAGAUCUUGCUGCUCGAUCAGGACACUGUCCCCAUUGUUUCGUCGGCAACGACUCAGUCCACGCUUCUCAACCACUCCGUCUAUCUCACCAAUCGCAUCGAUGAUCCGAACCGCGAGAAGAUGCGACAUCUCCGCUGCCUGUGUUUCCUGCGACCCUCUCCCGAAAGCAUACAGUUACUCGUCGACGAGUUCCGGGAGCCAAAGUAUGGCGAAUACUAUAUCCACUUCAGCAACAUAAUCAAAAAGUCGUCGCUCGAGCGUCUAGCCGAAGCUGACGAUCACGAGAUCGUGAAAUCGAUUGUCGAAUACUUCGCCGAUUUCCUGGUCAUCAACCCCGAUCUGUGCUCGAUCCCGCUUUCGACGCGCCUGUUCGCCUCAUCGCCCGACACGUGGAACGCCGACAGUCUGGAUCGGACAAGAGAGGGCGUGUUGGCUCUGCUCCUGGCGCUGAAAAAGAAGCCACUGAUCAGACAUGCGAAGAACAGCCUGUUGUGCACGAAACUCGCCAGAGAGGUGCGCUAUCACAUGACGCAAGAGGAGCAGCUGUUCGACUUCAGGAAACCCGAUACACCUCCGAUCCUGCUCCUCGUAGAUCGUCGGGAUGACCCGGUCACCCCGUUGCUGACGCAAUGGACGUACCAAGCCAUGGUGCAUGAGCUGUUGGGCAUUGAGAACGGCAGGGUUGACCUGAGCGAUGUGCCAGAUGUGCGACCGGAAUUCAAGGACAUCGUCCUCACACAAGACCAAGACCCCUUCUUUGCCAAAAACAUGUAUCUCAACUUUGGCGAUCUUGGACAAAACGCCAAGGAUUAUGUCGAGCAGUUCGCGUCGAAGCAAGCCAGCGGCCAAAAGCUGGACAGUAUCGAAGACAUGAAGCGCUUCGUUGAGGAAUAUCCCGAGUUUCGAAGACUGUCGGGAAACGUCACCAAGCACGUCACACUCGUCACGGAGUUGAGUCGGCGAGUUGGCACGGAUUGCCUCCUGGACGUCAGUGAGCUCGAGCAGAGCCUGGCCUGCACCGAUAACCACUCUCAAGACGUGAAGAAUCUUCAGAGGCUCAUCCAGAAUCCGUCGGUGCCACCGGCCAACAAAUUGCGCCUGGUCGCUAUUUAUGCUCUUCGGUAUUCUGCACACUCCAACAACAACACGCCUGCGCUUCUCGAGCUGUUGGCUGUGUCUGGGGGCCUAAGUCGGCAUCGAAUCUCUCUCAUCCCUAGACUCCUCAGCUAUGCCUACUCCCUGCAGUCCACACCAACCAACGGAGGUCUGCCAGAGCUCUUCCAACAUGGCUCAAUUUUCUCAGAAGCACGCUCACGUCUCAGCCGUGGCCUCCGCGGUGUCGAGAACGUCUACACUCAGCAUUCCCCCCGGCUGGAGACGACGCUGCAAGACCUCAUCAAAGGUCGGCUCUCCACCAGCGCAUACCCCUUCGUUGAUGGCGGCGGUCAAACGCGCGACAAGCCGCAGGACGUUAUUGUGUUCAUGGUGGGCGGUGCGACGUAUGAGGAAGCUCGUAUGGUGGCGCAGGUCAAUGCCAGCAGCCCAGGAGUCCGAGUCGUGCUGGCUGGAACCGGUGUAUUGAAUAGCGAUACGUUCUUGACCGAGGUGGAGGAGAACGUCGAGGCCUGGCCUGAAGAUCGCCCGGAGACGGCAGCAGCUAGAUUAAGAGGUGCGAUCGGACGGACAUGACCGCGACCACGAUAAACUAAAACCUGCCCCCCCCUCGAUUCGUCCUCGUGAGAGUCAAGGUCGCUAUGCGGGCGCCUCGUGAGCUCUACGUGCGAGCGGGAAAGCCGACAGCACUGAUAAUCCAUUCAAUGCCCAUACCAACCUAAAAAUCCAGUCGAGAUCCAUGUGCAGGGUGUCCCUGGCCGCUAGACUUGCACGGGUAUGUGUUUGAAAUGGAAACCCGGUGCUCCAGCUGCAUCGAUUUGCGGCCGGCUCAACCCUGGGGUUACAUAACCCUAAUUCGCCGUCGCGGAACCAGCUUGUGUUUUGUAGAAACCUAUCUAAGUACCUAUCACAUCGCA